AAAAAUGAAAGGAUUAAGUGAGAAAAGUGGGAUAAUGAAUGAGGAAAGGGAAGGAAUAAGGGGAAUUAAGAGUAUUCUUUUCCAUUUCCUUUGUCCAUGGCCAAACAACAAAAUGACUUUUUCUUUCGGAAACCGUUCCUAAAUAAUAAAUAUAAAAGAAAAAGAGAGGAAGAGAAGAAGAGAAGAAGAGAAGAAGAUCUUUGUGAAGGGGUUUUCUGAAAAGCUCUCAAUAAUGUCCAACCCUAUCCGUUGUCAACCAACUCCACAAAGCAAUCGAAAAUUCGUCGAAAGAAAUCGAAGAAAAGAAAUGAAAGCCCUUUUCUCCACACUCAAUUCUCUUCUUCCCAAUCAAACCUCAAUGGAAGCUCCAAGAACAGUGCCGGAUCAACUUGAAGAUGCGACAAAUUACAUAAAAGAAUUACAAAAGAACAUAAAGAAAUUGAAAGAGAAGAAAGAGAAGCUAAUGGGAAUGGAAGAAGAUGAAGAAGCAGAAGGAAGAAGAAGAAGAAGAGGAUAUGAAGAUGAAACAAAACCAAAAUUAUCGGUUCAUGUUAAAGCUCAUCAAAUCGGUUCUUCAGUGGAAGUGUUUUUGACCACUGGAUCAGACUAUCACUUUAAUCUUCAACAAGUGCUUCGACUUCUUCAAGAUAAUGGAGCUGAGAUCCUCAAUGUCAAUCAGUCCAUGUUCACUGAUCGGGUUUUUCAUAAGAUAACGGCUCAGCUUUUAAAUGAUGUCUCAUACAACUAAUUAACCAGAAGAACCAAAGUGAUGAGAAGACCCUAGAAGGGUGUGGGUGGAAUAUGAUCAAUAUGGGCAUACUGAAUUGGGAAUUAAAUGAUGGAGGGCUGACCCAUCUAAUUAAACCUCAUGUGUAACUCAUUAUUAUUGUAGUUGAUACCAACUAUCCACACACAUCACGUUGCUAUUUAUAUUCUAUUGAUGAUAAUUGCAAUAUUGUCUUCUGAUGACAAACUUCAAUACUUUCAUUUAAAUUUUGUUA